CUACGAAGCUGCGAGUCAGUUGGUCUACAUGUACCCAGCUCUGAGGGAUGCAUCAGGAACAGGAUUUAAUGGUCCAGCUUUGACAGCAAGCCCUCCAAAUGAAACUUUUCAUGAAAGGUUGGCAUGGCUACGAAAUGAAAAGCCAACUGUACUGGAGGUUUUGAGGAGAUACCCUUCUCUCGCAACUACCAGUGGGAUCCAUGAGGAGUUUUCACAGCACAGUGGGAAAAAUGCUGUGAAAGAACUGCUUUGGCUGCUCAACACCAAGGCAGAGAGCAUAAUACAGCUUGCCAGGAAGAGGAAAAGUGGGGCCAGUGUGGUUUCGCUUGUAAAUGAGAAACUUAAGGAGGUUUCCUGCCAGAGUGAGCAAAAAUAUUGCUACUCAGUUGGUGCUAUCUAUGCACUUUCUCAUAUCUUGAAGGAAAGCGCAGCUGCAAUGUUCACUUCUGAGGAGAAUGCUGUUUACCCGACGAUUAUCAGCCACGACCCUUUCAAGUUCGAGUCAUGCAGUGUCGCUGUAGAAGGUAGCAGGUAUGAAGUCGACGACACCUUGGCUGCAAUAGCUACAGCAUUUGAGCUGUACUGAGUUUUUAACCUUGAAUAUGCGCCAUCAUUGAAACGAACAUGGAC